AUGUCUUUAAAUCCCUUCUCCCUUCAAGAUGAUUUCAGUUUGCUCUCGGAUGGUACAUUUGGUGGUGAAACGGAGGAUAACACAACAACACCAACAACAUCAAUGAAUCAUCAUCAUUCAUUUAAUAAUUUAAAUACACCAUUAAUGACACCAACAUCAUCCUCUACAAGCGGAACUAACAACUCUUUCUUGUUUUCCAUUCCAUUCUCAUCAUCGGAAGCAAUAGUACAACAAGAUGCUUCCACUCUCCUCUCUCACAAUCCUAUCAUUCAACAUAAUAUUCUCCAAUUUCUUCAUCCGAUUCAAGCUUUGUUUUUGAUGAGAGCGAUCAGUACUGCCUGGAACAAUACUGUACAUCGUUUGCGAUCGAAUAUUUAUAAUGGCACUGUCGCACUUUCAUUACUUACAUUUUCCAAAUUUCCAGAUAUGAAUCAAGAUGAUGAUGAAUAUAUCCGAAAAAACAACAAACCAGUCUUUCAGGACGUAAAAACUAGAAUGAAAAUUAAUUACCCUUUAACAAUGCUAGAGCAAUUUAUUUCAUCAUCAUCUUCAUCAUCAGCAAUUAUUGGACCUAAAACCAUAAUUUCUCAUCUUGAAUUCCUUGGCUUGUCAAUACCCGAAAUGGAAUACAUUUUAAAGAGACUCACCCUAGUUAGUACUUGUAGUACAUUGACAUCAUCGACUCAACGUGAUCCACUGAUGAGCCCUUCAGGACCAACCUCACUGACAUUGGAAGCAGAAUUUUUCCCACCAACUCCUGCACCAAUCAAAGGUAUGAUGCACAACGCCACCACAUUCCAAACCAUCAAGAUUGUUUCCAUCACUGUAGGAUGGGUCAACGAAAAAGCAGUUCACAAUUUCACAAUACCCAAACUUCCCACUAAACAAAAGAGUGCAGCUCAAGUAUCAUUUUUCCCGUCACUCGAAGUAGGAAAUAGCAUUUCUGAUGUCGGAUAUUCUGAACCAUCUUCGAAAGGAAAAGCUGAAGAAGAGGAAGAUAUGGAUGAUUUCAUAGAGUUCGAUAAUGACGAUCAAGAUUAUACUGUUGAUGAGGAAGAAGAAAACGAUGACGACCAUGACAUUGUGGAUGUCGAAAGUAAUGAACUUGAUGAAGAUAGACUUGCUUCCACAAAUGUUGAGUAUGACUCACAAACACUCUCGAUAUUGCAGAAUAUUGAAACUAUCCUAAUUGUUGAUUGUAUCAAUGAAAAUGAUUUGAUUGAUCUUGAAACUUUGGACGAACAUUGCAAGUUGGAAAAGUCUUGCUCAAUAGAUGAAGUUCAAUUGGAUUUAUCAAAUGUUAGCAUGACUAGGAAACAGCCUAGACGACGAUUAUUAGAUUUUAUUUUUGCUGGCAAGACGUUAAAGAAGUUAGUUUUUUUACGAAAUCCAUUCUUUUACUAUACCGAAGACUCGAAACAAGAUAUGAUUAAUUCUGAGCUCAAGCCAUACAUGAACUAUAUGACAGAUUUUAAAAAAGGAGGCUCCUUAAUCAAGUAUUGCAGAAAUAUGCUAAGUGAAGUCAUCGCAUCGCAAUAUCUAAUUGACACAAAAUUUUUGAAAGAAAACUGGCAAGUACUUUUGAAACCAUUGUUUGAAAAUGGAUUAUUGAAUUGGAAUGACGAGUUAUAUGCAUCUUCAAGCUGGAGAGCCAAUAUUAUUCAAGUUAUUUUAAAGUCUGUAGUUUCGUAUCGAAUUGAAGAAAGUGCCUACAGCUCUGAGCUCCUACGAUUAGAGUUAAAACAAGAUUUUAAAUCAGCCUAUGAAAACUUUUGUGCUGAAGAAGAAGUUGCACUUGCUCUGGACAUCCUUGAAACAAUGAACGAAACCUAUAAGACACUAGAUGGAAUUCUUCUUCCCUUUGAUGCUAACCGUUUUUCCGGUCGUCAAUUCUACUCUCCUCUCUCUUAUUGCCAAACGAUUGACAAAUUCUUUAGCAGUAUCAUCAGUAGCAUCAAUAGAAACCAAGUCAAGGAUACGUUUGUAAUUUGUUGGAGUGAACUAUUGCAAUGUGGAAAGAAAAGAAAUCUUAUUGAACUUGCUGAUGAGAAAGCUGAAACAAUGCCAAAAAAGAAGAAGAUACAGUUGCAAUAA